CGCGCUUCCUGCCGUCCCUGCCGCCUCUCACUAGUCGUGCGAGUCGUCGCUGCCCUCCGAACGUAAAACCGCACUCGUAUCGCUCCAACAUCCACGAAACGCAAAACAACCCUUCUGAUAAUAAAUAAAUACGUAAAUAAGUCGCAAGUCUAACACGCCGUGGGCUAGUUAAGUGGGUUUAACUAUUAUAUUUGGGUCUGUAGCUGUGGGUGGUGCUUAUGGCGAAGAGGGUGUGUGCGCGAUGUGUACGCUCAACAUGGUGACAUGGUGGUGAUGUCGUGAGGGACAAAACGGUGGGAUGUCGGGAUGAUUAUUGCUGCGUGUGUGUUGUGUGGUGGUUUGGUGUUUGACCCAGUGGUUUAGAAUUUAACCAGGAUGGCGGCGGGUCGCUCGCGCCUCAUGUCGCUGCUUGUGCUACUUACAGCACUGGUUUUCACGGGAAAAUGUUCUGAAGAUGAAGAACGCCUUGUGAGAGAUCUCUUCCGAGGCUACAAUAAAUUGAUUCGGCCCGUGCAGAACAUGACCGAAAAGGUCGACGUGCGUUUCGGGCUCGCCUUCGUGCAGCUCAUCAACGUGAACGAGAAGAAUCAAAUCAUGAAGUCGAACGUCUGGUUGCGACUAGUGUGGAACGACUACCAGCUGCAGUGGGAUGAAGCAGACUAUGGCGGAAUUGCAGUGCUACGUCUCCCGCCCGAUAAAGUGUGGAAGCCAGAUAUUGUCCUCUUCAAUAAUGCUGAUGGUAACUACGAGGUGCGAUACAAGUCCAAUGUGUUGAUAUACCCUAACGGAGAAGUACUGUGGGUCCCACCUGCUAUUUACCAGAGUUCUUGCACCAUUGACGUCACCUACUUUCCCUUUGACCAGCAGACCUGUAUCAUGAAAUUUGGCAGUUGGACCUUUAAUGGAGACCAGGUCUCACUGGCCCUGUACAACAACAAAAACUUUGUUGAUCUCUCUGAUUACUGGAAGUCUGGUACCUGGGAUAUUAUAGAAGUACCCGCUUAUUUGAACAUCUACGAAGGGAACCAACCUACUGAGACGGAUAUCACGUUCUAUAUUAUUAUCCGCCGCAAGACACUCUUCUACACGGUGAAUUUGAUCCUGCCGACAGUGCUCAUCUCGUUCCUCUGCGUGCUGGUAUUCUACCUGCCGGCGGAAGCUGGCGAAAAGGUCACGUUGGGUAUUAGUAUUUUGCUGUCACUGGUUGUGUUCCUCUUGCUGGUAUCGAAGAUCCUGCCGCCCACGUCGCUCGUGCUGCCGCUCAUCGCCAAGUAUCUCUUGUUUACCUUCAUUAUGAAUACUGUCAGUAUUCUCGUCACGGUGGUCAUCAUCAAUUGGAAUUUCAGAGGGCCAAGAACCCACAGAAUGCCUUCGUGGAUCCGCUCGGUAUUCCUCAAUUAUCUGCCAGCAAUGCUACUGAUGAAACGACCGAGAAAAACACGCCUCAGAUGGAUGAUGGAGAUGCCCGGAAUGGGCGUCCCUCCUCAUCCCUACGGUUCGCCAGCAGACAUUCCCAAACACAUAAGUUCCAUCGAAUCGCAAAGCAAGGUAGAGGUGAUGGAGCUAUCCGACCUGCAUCAUCCCAACUGCAAGAUCAAUCGCAAACUCAAUUCGGAUAUAGGCGUCGGCGUCGGCCCGGAAAGCUGUCGACGCGAAAGUGAGUCCUCCGAUUCAAUACUACUCUCUCCGGAAGCGUCCAAAGCGACGGAAGCGGUCGAAUUCAUCGCCGAACACUUACGCAACGAAGAUCUUUAUAUACAAACACGCGAAGACUGGAAAUACGUAGCGAUGGUGAUCGACAGACUCCAGCUGUACAUGUUCUUCAUUGUGACGACGGCCGGCACCGUCGGUAUCCUCAUGGACGCACCACACAUCUUCGAGUACGUGGAUCAAGAUCGCAUCAUCGAAAUCUAUCGCGGAAAGUAAGCGCAGUGUCGCAGCAAGUGGGUCAUACGGCGCCGCGCGCGUCAAUCUCUUUCUUUAUCUCGCGCCCCGACAGAUCGAUGCCGAGUGCACUUCCUGCACCACAACCGAUAAGCGAAAUAAUCACACACGCGCUUCCAAUGCGAGAACGCAACCACCAAAGAAAAAAAAUCGUCAAGUGGCCAAAAAAUGAACUGAGAUGUAAAAAAACAAAACAAAUAAUGUACUUGUCUUCGCACGAGGCGCGCGUUCGUUAGUUGAAUUGACUAAAAUAUAAUAAUCAAUCAAAUGCCAAUGCCAAAAUAUUAUUAAAUUUACUACUAAUGAUACGGAGCGAUCAAUAUUACGACUAGUUAUGGUAAAAGAUAAAAAGCAGACCGAAAACAUUCAAAUAAUUUAUGUUUUCUCGUUAUUUUCGUGUGUAAAAACCCGCAAAAAACGUAACAAAUUGGUUGACUAGCCGAGUGACAAUCGUCCCACAAACAAUAAAUUAAAACCCGAUCUAUUCAGUUAACAAUUUUGAAUAAAUUUCAAUGCAAAAAGAGCGAAUAAACGGAACAAUUGCCAUCUAACUAUUACGUGUAAGUUUAAGUUUUAGAGAGACUAAAAAUUAAUACCGGAAUAAUAAAUAAAGUAACCCGAUAAAACACAAACACACAAACAUUAAAUAUUAAUAAUAAAUAAUAAUAAAAUCUAAUAUAAAAAUAAAAUAAAACUGGUAUAAAAGUUGUUAAAACGCGAUUAUACACAGCGCUGUUUUCAAAAACGACGAUAUUGUUAUGUAAUUAAUAAAAGAAAAAAACAAAUAAAAAUAAAACUAGGGCGCUUCCAUCAAAGUUACGCUAUCAGGUUCUUACCGUCACUAGUUGCGCAAAGAAAUUGAUGGAAGCAAGCGAGCAACACUGUCAUUUGUUAGAUUAGAAGAAAGAUAUUGUUUCAAUUUUGGGCAGUGUUAUACCGUAACGCAUAUAAGUUAUUAUAUGUAACUGUAUGUAUAAUUCUAUUGUCAAAUUGUAACACUAAUCGUAGCGCCCACAACAUUAACUGGCGUAUGAAAACGUAAAUUUACAGUUUACAGGCAUCUAGUGACACCAAAAAAAAAAAACUUAAUUUACUUUGUACAUAAAAUAUAAUACCGAUAACACGCAGCUAAUACGCGAACAAAGGAAGAAUAAUGAAUAAAGUCGUUUGUACUACUUGUAUAAAGUAUAAAAGUAAAAACUAUAUAUUGAAAGGAAAACAAAAUGAAACCUAGUUAAGCGAUUAGAUGAUAAACGUAGCCGAUAAAUAAGCGGAUAUGUAAUAUGCAAUAUACGACGAUAAGUUGUUGCCAACGAUAUCUACUUUAAAAACAAUUGUGUCAUGGAUGCAGAGGAUGUAAUAAAAUACACCAUAGGAAUUGA